AAAGCAGCUUCAUUUCUUGUUGUAGCAGAAAAUGAAUCAGGCUCGGAUCUUGCCUCUACCACUGAGUACGACUACGAGUGGAAAGAUGAACUAACUUACUAUUAGAAUACUAUGAUCAUGGUGCUCUGUGUUUUGCACUGAACUACUUCUGAAGUCUGAAAGCCAGACUGUAAAAUUUAGCAUUGGAGGCGUAUGAAGUGCCCCUGCAUUUGUACCUCUAGGGGCCUGUCAAGGAAGGGAGGACAUAGAAUGAUAGAUGCAGCAUCGUGGCUUUGCUAACUAACUAAGUAACUUCGCAGAAUAUCCGGAAAGUGUAACGAGCAGCAUUAUUCAAUGCUGCCAACAUCACACAGACUAACUGUGCUGCAGGCGAGGCUAACGGCUAUUCACUCUCUGCACACACGCCACGGAUCGGCUUUGGAUACCACUCUGGCCCGUCUGGGUCUACAAGAACCGCUAUGUUGCUGUGCCACACACGCUGCUAUGUAACUGUGCGUAUGCUCCUGACGCUGGUGGCAGUAGCUGGUGCUAACUUUGCGGUGACGACUGUGUGGGGACAAGGCACUGAACCAGGGCUGACUACAUGCCAGCGGACGAUUGAAGUCACAGAGCCCGUCAACGAUCAGAGCCUGGUUAUCCUGUUUGAUGAGCCAGUGCGUGAUACACCAGUGUCUGUUGCGUGUGCUACGAAUCUAGCCGAUGGCGCCCGGCUGUACGUGGUCUUCAAUCAAACAUCGGUUGAGGCACGGGUUGGCGCCAGCACAACCACAGUCUACUAUGACAUCAUGGAGGUCGGCGGCGAUGCAAACAUCACGUGCUCGGCAAUGUCACUACACGCUGGCAAUCAGUACAGAGGGGAGAGUGUGACGGUAUUGGUGUCCAGCCGAGAGCCUGCUCUGCACGUAUUCCCGCCGAGGUUCGUCUUGCGUCAUCCCGCUGCCAGGGUCGGAGGUGUGCUGACUCUGAGCUAUCUACCGGUGCUGGAGAUGAACGUAACGGCCGUGUGCGCUGUCCUGGAUGCGGAUAUUGCCAUGACGCUGCCCAGUGAGGCGGUUUGCAGUGUUCUGGUGGCCGCUGUUGCGGACGCUGCAAAUAGAGACACCACUACACCGGUAACAGCCUUUCCAGUUACUGCACCGUUCUCGCCCACUCAGAGCAGCUUCACUACCAGCACAGCCCCGGCUACCAGUGACGUACCAGUAACACUAAACCUGACGACGGAUGCAGGGCUGGGAGUAUACAUUAACGGCAACAAAACCAUCGCCAGCCUGUCGUUCUUGCCCGGUAGCCAGUCCGUGACGUUCACACUGACAGCAGACGCCCAGGAGGCGACCAGCCGGCGUCGGGCAAGCCUGAGUCUGUUCUGCUGUUCGCCUGCGUGUCCGGACUGUGCUGUGAACCGCUUCAAUGACACUGUUGUACAGGUCAGUGUCGAGGUGGAGAUCUCCGAGAGCUACAACGCCACAAGCCUAACAGAACAAAUAAACGCACUGCGGGACAGUUCAGGGUGCAUAUGUGACCUGACAGCGGGGGUGUGUGACUUGCUGUGCUGCUGCGAUGCGGACUGUAGUGCCGAAGAUCAACAGCUCGUAUCCACCUGUGCGCCGAGUGCAGCCACCGAGCAACAGACUCUCAGCCAGAGCUGCUCGGCCGUGGGCAGUGCGGCGUGGUCGGACUGGGAUCACGUUCUGUGCGUGCAGACCGACAACAACCCAGACAACGGCGUCACGUUCAGCAGUGUUAGCACGGCGGACACGAGCGCAGAGUUCCGCAGAUCACGCACGGGGCGUAUUUCAGCACAAACCGGCGCACACGCGUCGAGUAUUGUAACAGAAUCCUCGCUGAAUACCGGCUACUAUCAUGGCCAGGUGCUGCUGACGGGUGCUAGCCCACUCACGGCUGCGCCCACGGUGUUUGCACUGCCAUCCUCUAGUGGUAGUAAUGCCGGUUGCUUUGAACACUCGCCAGUUCAGUAUCUCGUUGACACACGCUCACACUGCACUAGACUGGUGUCGGAAGCACAGUGUGGACCGGCAUCACCGCUGGACGUACGGCGACUCUUCAUGUACAGCACAACGGCAUCGUCCUCGUCGCCGCAGCCUGCAGGAAGUCAAGCGUGUCGCAGCUACCCGGGCCUGCUGAAAACGCCGCUGGAUCGCACGACACUGGCACCAGUGUGUGACGUCAGUGUGACAACGUGUGUGAACGAUAGGAUAUCACGACCGGCGCAGCGCCUCAAUGACAUUGCCUUGGCCACCCUUGCAGACCUAGGGCAGCCAUCAGUGGAGAACGUCAGCAUGGCCGCCGAAUGCACUGCUACCCAGCAGGGCUUAGAUCCGGUGUACAAUGCAACUAGCAACACAUGUGAUAACGUGCUGCUCGGCAUUACCUACACUCUGCAAUGGCGUGCUCGACAAGUUGAGUCUGUGUCGAUGGCAGCCACCCUGGGCAGUGUGGCAGUAGGCAGUUACGUACAGCAAACGUUCGCUGUCCAAUUUCGUUCAGUGCCAGUGGCCGGUGAAGUGUGUACACCGGACGCAGGUGUUGAGUCUCUCUCGGGUAAUCCCGGCUACCAGAGAGGCAUGUCACUACGCCUGGGUCAGUUUGACUCCACUGGCACAGUCCUAUCUGACGUCAGCCUGACAGGGCUGCUCACAUGGAACAGUGCCAGAGCAGCACAGUCACUCUGCUCGCAGUCGUCUCAGCAGCCUGUUCUCUUCGGAAUGGACCAAACGUCCGGCUGCCUACUGCAUGUCUCUGCAGCCGACAUACAGCAGCGCUGCAAGAGCUUGCGAGAACAAGUGUUGUCGCUGCAGCGGUCACUGGUUAGCGCAACCUACGCUGCCAAGACCGGGAAUGCACCGUUCACGUACAGCGCCAGUAACUGGGCAGACAUCAUACCUACAUCACUGGACUUAAAUGCAUCCUCAGAGGCAGCAGCAGCAGACCUGAGCCCUACCACAGCAGCACCAACACCAGCCAGCAGUAACGCUACCAACGUAACCAGCAGUGGCAACAUCACUCAGCUGAAUGGCGUGUGCAGGCAGGUUCCAAGCAGACUGGUCACGACUGUUCUGUACGCAUCCGUCGGACGCGACACCAACUUACAACCAAGAUACCAGAUUGUGGCAGUCAGCACAGACAUCACGGCUGAAGACUGGCUGUAUCCGUGCCCAACUGGAAUGUGCAGCGACAGUUCAGACGAUAACCUGACCCAUCUAUUCGAGAUCGGCAGCCGCGUGCAGUUCAUUCAGAUUCCCAGCAAUCCCACUACGCUGAAGAAAAGUGACAUUAGCUUCACGCAGCAGGACCCGUGCCGGUACGACACCUGCACCGAGCACGUCUUCUACCCGCUGACGGAUUUCUUCUGGAGCUCGCUGGCCGGCCAGGACAAGUGGUUCACGGCUGCCACCACACUGCUGGCCGUGUGCGGAGGCACGGCGGUGCUGAUCCUGAACGCAAAGUGGCGUCCGCCAACACUGGCUGUCACCGGCGGCGGCAUACGUAGAUAGUGGACCAGAGCGAAUGUACACCCGUACACUGUGAAGGAGACUGUGACGGGUCAACAGAAUGCUAUAGGCUGCAUGGAGAGAGCCACACAAUGCAAUGAGUAAUCCCAAAUGACCUGUAACAGGCACACACACUCAUAGAUAGUGGACGGGAGCGAUUGUACACACGUACACGGUGAAGGUGCCUGCGACUGUGACUGGUCAACAUGAUAUGCUAUAGGCGGCAUGGAGAGUGCCACACAAUGCAAUCCAAUGAGUCCUAAUGACCUGUAACAGAUAGUCAACAGCAUAUCAACAUCGCCGGCUUCCAAGUUGAGUGGGUGCUAUGGAUGCUAUAAAUGCUGCGGAUGCUGUGUCGACCAUGUGCACCCCUACACCGCAGGCACACAGCUCUGACAUCGCGGUGACAAAACAUUGCAAGACAGCGAGCUAGAGUCACAUGCCCAACAAAAGCUCCGGGAGCUUACAGCUUGCUCCUGUACCAUACAGCCAAUACCUAUGCUAUGGUUGGAGAAGGCUGGUACAGUGGACUGGUGGCACUUAGCAAGUCCAAUACGGUGAUGAUGCUUCUGAUCCGCUGUAGCUGGAACACAGUAGCUAUGCUUGCAGAAUCUGCGGUACACUGAAUGUGCCAUGGAUCCACUCAUCUUGCUACUGGGUCUGCACGCCCCACACACAGGCACACACUAUAAUGUGGUGGUGCGCUGCUAUGACGAGCAGAUGUGUGCGCGUGUGGUCUCAGUGGUAUGAAGACAGCGCGAAAAGCCAGCUAGCCCUGAUCACCAAGCGCAAGGUUGGCUGUCUAGCAAGUCAGCCUGCCUGCCUGGCUGCAGCAGGUACAUGUAUACCUGCAGUACUAUCAGUGUUGAUUAGAACUACACAACUGGAUGUACUAGUAGAUGAUAAAGUUGAACACAUGUGCACAGGAUGCAUGCCGCCAUUCUAUUUGUGACAAAGCAGCAAAGACAACAACACACAUGGUGUUGGGCUUCAGUUCAACAUACUUUUUAUAAUCACCUCACAACAAACGCUAUGCAGAAGAAAAGAGGAGGCAAUGAUUCAAACAGAUCUUUACAUGCACCUUUGGCUACACAUCUUCCCAGCAGGCUGCCAGUUACUUUUAUUUUUUUUAUAGCCGCAUCUAAUAUUUCUCCCUAUAGCGAUGGCCUAUAGCCACAGCAUCCCUGCCUUUUUCUACCUCCCCUGCUGUCCAUCAAACAAUGUGCUCAAGAGAUUGGGCGUGAGAGAAGAGUAACACACGUUAAAGCAAAACCGUAAAGAGAACAGAAUCAUGAGUGUUAAAACAGUGUAUGUACACCGGAAUAGGUAAAUACGUACAUGUACGUCAAAGAAGGCAGACUUGGUUAGGACAACAACUCGUGAGAAACAGGAUAAAAGGCAACGGCGAAAACAUUACAAUGAAUGAUGAGCUAGGUAAGAGCUGGAAAAUUGGAAAAUUGAGAAACAGUUCAAAACGACGUGGAACGACCUAUUGCAGUCCAGUCACCUAGUACCUCUCAACAGCCAAACACAUGCGCGCACACACACCCCUGUACUCUGUGUGGAUAUAAAUAGAAAACUUGUUAAAACAUAAAACAAGAACAUAAAACACUUAAGACGUUUGUCACCAAGAACAAAGAUGGAU